CUCGGAAACUUUCAUAGGAUGGGUUAUAUUUUGUUUUAGAAACGAUGUUAUUCUGUCAAUAAAUAUUUCAUGUUUUAUUAAAUAGAUUUUGUGGGCCCCUAAACAUUUUUGGAUUUUUCAUAUGUUUUUAUUAUGGUAACGAUGGAAACAGAUGGAGAUUUUGUUGAUCAACAGUUACUACAACAAUUUCGAUGUUUAGGGACUACUGAUAAAGAUGAAUUAGUUAAACAGUUAAAAAUGUUGGUUGGAAAUCAUAUCGGCACAGCUUCGGCUAUUUUCCUUCUUGAUAUGAAUAACUGGAAUCUUCAAGCAGCAGUUGGGUCCUAUUUUGAUUUUGAAAUACCACUUAAACUGCCAGCCAUGUCAUUGGUUAGAGAUGAACCAAAUAAUAAUAUUUUCAAAAUUGCUCCUUGUACAGCUAUUGACAAAGUAUGGGUUUUACUAAAUAAUGGAGAUGAACACUGGCCUCAAGGUUGUUGCCUACAAUUUUGUGGAGGGGAUACUUUGUGUGAAUAUCAAAAAAUUCCUGUACCUUGUUUAGCUCCAAAUGAAACCACUCAAAUUUUGAUUCAUUUAGUGUCUCCUAAAGUACCUGGAGUGUACAAAAGUCAGUGGCGCAUGAUAACGUCAUCAGGAACUUAUUUUGGAGAUAUUAUCUGGGUAAUUAUGACUGUUAUGGAGGAUGAAACAACAAACUUAGUGAAACAAUUAUCUGAUCUCAAUACUUGCUCAGAAUCUUCAACUAGCAGCAAUAAUAGGCUUGAAUCAGAUGAUUUUCAAAAUCCUUUUGGGAUGCAUCCAUAGUGAUUUGAAUGAGGCAAGCUGAAUCACUUGGUUGGCCCCUUUGACUGUUACUCGGAAGAGUAUCAAGCUAACUGGCUGGUGUUUCCUGAGAUAGCUCCUAUGCAACAUCAUCAGUCAUUUCUGUUGAGGUAGGUUCUUUGAGACUGGAG